GAAAUUAAAUCUUAUUUAUGUUCACUUGAAUGGCAAUAACCAUAUUAAUUUAGAAUGUUUUCGUUUCAUUGCUACGAAUUUUGAAUGUCGAAUGUUUUAAAGGACGAUUUUAAUUGUAGAUUUUUAUGAUUCCUCACUCAUUUUAAGUGUCAUUGUUCUCUUUACCGUUAUUGAAAAUAUUUUAUUAUUUAAUUUUCGUAUUUGCUGAAGGAUGUUUACCUUCUCAUAAUGCAGACGAUAUUUUCUUUACUUUUGGGAAAUAAUUUGUUCUUAAAAAAAAUGGAAAAUAUUUACGAAAGAAAGAUGCUACAGAUCUGAAUUUGUAAAGCUAAUUCAUUCGUCUAAAUUUCCCUAAUUUUCUUUUUCUAAAAGUUAUCCUAAGUUGAAUUAAAUUUUCAUCGCAUAUGGAUUUUUGAUUCUAAUUGCUGUAUCUUAUGCAAGUAGACUUUCAUCUUAAAAAAAUUUCUAUGUCUGAAAUGAGACAUGGAAGUAGAAAAGCAUAGUGCUCUGGGAAUGGAUUUUAAAAACUUAAUAUCUUGCAUCCAUUAUCAUGAAGAUUCUCAGGAUAAAGAUGUCAUUCUAGAAACUUUGAAAACUAUUAUUGAUAUCUGUUCCAUUGAAAGUUGUGGACGAGAUGCAUUUCGGGAAGAGGGAGGCUUGGACUUUCUUGUGGAGUUCUUGUUUUCAACAGAUAAUACAAUAUUUCUUGAGCAUGCCCUUAAAACUUUAGCUUUUGUUAUUGAUGAAAAUGUUCACAGUCAAAUGUAUAUGAGCAAAAGAUCUGUUUUUGAAGUGCUUCAAACGAUUUUGAAAAAGCAGUCAUUUCCUACUGCAGUGCAGAAAAAUGCUCUUGUAUUGAUAUCAACCAUUUUAUAUCACAAUAGUACUGCUCAAAAUUUGGUUUUUGAAAUUGGAUUUCUUCAAGACCUGUUGAGUUUAUAUGAGUACUAUGCUCAAGGUGCUAUGAUUAAUAAUUCUUGUAUGACUUCAAACUUAGACAAUUCUGUUCUAAACUUGUGGAUGAGUACAAAUUCUGCAUUGUGCUUUGCUGUUAAUAAUCCUCAAAAUGAGAAAAAUCAAGAUCUUUGUAAAAAUAUUUUUCCUAUAGCCUUAAAAAUUUUGGAACUUUCAUCAAAUUCUGUAGUCAAGAAUUCCUCUGCAUCUUUUCUUUUGUUGACUAUUUCAGAUAAUGCAAAAUGCCAGGAUUAUUUUUCUGUUUGCGAUGGCUUUCUUGUCUUGAAACGAUGCUUUCAAAAAUAUUUUGAUACAUUAUUGUUGGAUAUGAAGAUAUGCAAUGGAGUAACUGGAAAAGAAACUUAUCAAGCCAUAAACAAUAUUAUUGGCAUUAUUAGUUCAGCAUCUUUGGACCAUGAGGAAAAUGCAACAAUUUCUGGGGAAAUAGGCAUAUUGUCCAUGAUGAUUAAAUUACUUUUCUUGGAAACAUUUGACUUUCAGUUGAAGACUAAAAUUGUAUUAUGUCUUGGGCAUUGCAUUGGUGCUUGUUGUUCUAACAAAUCAUAUGUAUUAGAAACUGAGAAUUUUGAUGCAUUUUUAAAGAGAUGUUUGCAACUUGGGAAUGCAGAGCUAUCUUCUGCAUGCAAAUAUUUAUUACAAGUUUGUUUAAUGAAUAAAGAAUUACUUGACAGUAAUCUGGAUUACACAAGAUGUGAUCCUGAAUAUUAUAAUGAUGCUUUAAUGAACAACUUUGUAUCAAAUGGAAUGCAAAGCUCUACAAAAGUGCCAAGCAUUCAAUCGCCCAGUUUAAAAGUAAAAAGUAGCUCCAGGUCUUUAGAAAAAGCAAAUUCUUCCUCAUCAUCCAUUUAUGAAAGUACUUCACAAACAAUAUGUAGGAAAAGAAAAGUACCACACAUUUCUGAAAGAUCUCUAAAUAAAUUGUCCAUAAAAAAGGAAAGUCUUUCUGAUUCAAAAACUGUUCAGUGUGACCUUUUAUCAGAUCAACUGUUUUCAUCAAAAAACAAAAAAUAUUCAAACAGUUUUCAUUCAAAUGCAACUUUGGAUUCUUCAAAAUACAAAUCUUGUAAAAAAGAAAUGAACCAAAUUUCACCUUCUGAUGGCAAAUUCAUCAAGCAAGAUGUAAUCUCUAACAAAAAAUCAUUUACAGAUUUUUUGACAAAUGAAAAUAAAAGUAGUACAACAAAAUUUAAAAAUCAAAGUUUUCGUAAAACUAAUAAUUCUAAAAUUUCAUCUAAUAACGCUAUUACAGAUUGGCAUAUGCACAUUACAAGAAAAUUGAAUGAAAGUGUAAACUUAUCAACUAAUAAUCCAACAAAAACUGAAAGUAUUUCUCCAGAUAAUAAUGGCAGUUCUUUUUUGCCUUACAGUAUGAAACUUGCAAAUCAGAAUUCUCAGCAAGAAAAAUGCCCUAAACUUUUUAAGAAAAAAAGAAGAAUAUCUUCAAAAAAAUCACCAAGCAUUUUUUCUGGUUCAAGCAGUGAAUAUUCUUUUACUCCAUUUAAUGUUAAAAAUUCCAAAAGACCAGAGAAUGAAAGUGGUUCUUGGUUUGGAUAUUAUAAACCUUGUCAAUCAGAAAUAAAUUUUCCUGAAACCUCUAAAAAUUCUGGAACUAUAAAUGAUAAUUAUCAAAAUAACUUCCUGAAAUGCAAUCUAAAUGAUAAACUAGAAGCAUCUGCAAGAAAACCUUCAUUUUCUUCUAAUGCAGAAAAGCAAGUAAUAAAAGAUCGACUGUCAGAAUUUUCUUUUAAACUUUCUCCAACUACAUUUAAAAGUGAGAUUGAGAAAAACUCAUUUUCUAGAGGCAAAAAAAUGCCAAAAACAGAUAAGGAGAAUAUACUUGAUUUAACAACAUUUACUAAUUCUUCAUUUCAACAUGAAAAAAGAUUAAUGGAUUCAGGCUUUUCUUCUAGUCACUUUUCGCAACAUAGUAGAAGAUCUAAUAUGUAUUUAAAUGAUUGCUAUCAGUCAAGUAAUUGGACUGAUUUUCCGCAAACAUCAAGAAUUUUUGAAAAUCCAUAUGAAAGGAAACAUUCUUGGAGUUGUUCUUCCACUGGAACUUACAGUGAAAGUUUUUCUCCCUUCAAUUCCAAUAGAUAUGUACAAGUUAUUGUACUACCUAAAAAAACUUGUGUACAACAUGGUUUGAGUUCAUCUGUUGAAUUGAUGGAAGUUAUUUCCUUAGAAGAUAUUACCCAGUGCUAAUCUCUAUUUUUCUCUGCUUUUUAUUGACUUUGUAUGUAUGUUAACCAGUUAAAUAUUGUGAUAAGUAAAAUUUAUUAUGA